AUGACGGACAAGAGCACGUUUCUCUCGGUGCUGUUCGGCGGAGGAUCCGUGUACCAGGAUCUGGACGGCGACGGCGAGGUCGAGGACGCCGAGAUUCUGAGACGCGUCGAGGAGGAACACGCCCAAACCAGCGACAACAGCAACAGCGACAAUGAUAGCGGAAACGACAGCGACGUUCCGACUUCUCUGAUGGUCGAAGGGGUCCAGGACCCAAAACCAGGCUCAAAAAGACGUCAGCCACAUAGGAUGGCCACACUAUCUAAUUUGCAAAGUUCUGCAGGACCAGGAGCAAGAUCGGUGAGUUUCGCCCAAGGAACGAAAACACAGACGCCGAUCCGUCUGACAAAGCCAACAGGCGUAGCAAACGGCGGACUACCUCGUCACAAACAGGAUCUGGGCGCCUCUAUUCGGACCAUGGUGGACCCCAAGGAGUUAGCUCUAUGGAAGUGGGCCAAUGUCCAGAACCUCGACAACUUCUUUGCAGAAGCAUACAUGUACUACACAGGCAAGGGACUGGUGUCCAUCAUCUUGUCUCGCGUUCUCAACAUGUCCACCAUUAUGUUUGUGGUUGUUUUCAGCACCUAUUUAGGCAGUUGUAUUGAUUACUCCAAGAUCAAGGGCUCUCGCACGCUGGACGAGGUGCACGUGAAACAGUGCUACGCCAAACUCGGCUCUUUCCACGUGUUUGUGCUCUGGACUUUUUUUGUGCUGUGGUUCAUGAAACUGUUCCAGUACGUCAAAGACAUUCGACGGCUGGUAGACAUGAAGUCGUUCUACCAGGAGCUGCUUGAAAUCGACGAGAACGAACUACAGACCAUUUCUUGGCCUCAGGUGGCAAAACGCAUGGCAACAUUGUCUGAAGCAAAUGCUGCAACCCAAGUGGGCAACAGUACGAAGCAGAGAAUCGAGCCUCAUGAUAUCGCCAACCGAGUCAUGCGAAAAGAAAAUUAUCUUGUGGCAAUGUUCCAUAAGCGGGUGCUCAACAUGACUGUCCCGCUUCCACAGCCCCUGCAGCGCAUCUUUGGACGGCCUCAGCUGCUCAGUCGAGCUCUGGAGUGGAAUCUCAGUCUGUGCAUUCUGGACUAUGUAUUCAACCCGGCCGGACAGGUUAGACCCAUGUUUCUCAAGUCGACACACAAACAGAUCCUGUCCACAGGUCUACGACGUCGGUUUGUAUUUGCAGCUAUCAUGAACGUUGUCUUUGCACCCUUCAUUAUUCUCUAUCUUGCGCUGCUGUAUUUCUUCCGAUACUUCAACGAGUACCACAAGAACCCAGCAUCGAUAGGAACUCGAAGAUACAAUCCCCUGGCCGAAUGGAAACUCAGAGAAUACAAUGAACUGCCCCAUCAGUUUGAGAGACGCCUGACUCUGUCGUACAUUCCUGCCUCCAAGUAUCUGGAUCAAUUUCCCAAAGAGAAGACUGCACUAGUCAGCAAAUUCGUGUCUUUCAUUGCGGGCUCUUUUGCGGCGGUACUCGGUAUUGCAUCUCUCAUUGACCCUGAGCUGUUUCUCAUGUUUGAGAUCUCCGCUAACCGCACGGUGCUGUUCUACAUUGGAGUGUUUGGAUCGAUUCUGGCUGUUUCUCGGUCGCUGAUUCCUGAAGAGACGCUUGUUUUCGACCCAGAAAUCUCCCUAAGAUAUGUGGCUGAAUUCACACAUUAUCUGCCGCCGGAGUGGGAAGGGAAACUCCACACAGAACAGGUCAAAAAUGAGUUUUCGCUCAUGUACGAGAUGCGACUCAUUAUCUUGCUCAAGGAGCUAGCCAGCAUUUUCCUAGCCCCCUUCAUUCUCUAUUACUCGCUCACCCAGUCCUGUGACGAUAUUGUGGACUUUAUCAGAGACCAUUCUGUGCAUGUGGAUGGCCUGGGCUAUGUGUGCACUUUUGCCAUGUUUGAUUUUAAGCAAAAGUCGCCCGACCACCAGCCUGACGAGGACCAGAAAAUGCUCAAGUCGUAUUUAUACUUUAUGGACCACUAUGGAGACAAGCCGACCAACGUGUCUCAGACCCAGCAAAAUGUGCCCAUGUACUCGUCUGUGCGUCUCAAGAAUGACGGGCUGGAUCUUAACAACUCCAUUAUGCAAAAGUUCCAGAAACACAACGGUCACCAUGCGCUUUCUGGUCUAACUCAGCGGGAUGUGGGGCUUUCUCCUGCUGCUCCCACGGCUACUACUGCCACAUCAGGAACAGCCACCGGAGCCGCUCCUCGAAGAGAUCUUAUCAACUUCGAUGUCGACGAGUCGUUCAUAGAUCAGACGACUUCAAACAGAGACAUGGACAAUGACGAGCAGCCCAAGGACAAGGAACGAGUGGUGGACAUGCUCAACCAGUUUUACAAGAAGACCGACAACAUGAACCUGGGCGCCUGA